CGUACUUGCUUGACGCCAAUCAACACCGCCAUCGGCCACCGACGACAUGCUACAAGCACACAAAAGUCCAACUGGACACAUCCAGUAUACACACAAGAACAAAUCCUCGCCGUCCAAACCGCCCACCGCAAAGCAUCCAUCUGGCAAGACAAAGUCGCCCUUGCAACAGUCAAGGUCCUCCGCUGGGGCAUGGACUUCGUCACAGGCUACAAAUCCUCGACCCCGACCGUGACAUCCAUCUCGAAAUCGAACGUAAUGACAGAAGAGAAGUGGAUCACACGCUUCAUCUUCCUCGAGAGCGUCGCCGGAGUCCCGGGCAUGGUAGCAGGUAUGCUCCGGCACUUGAAAUCUAUACGGAUGAUGCGACGAGACUACGGCUGGAUCGAAACUCUCCUCGAAGAAGCCUACAACGAACGCAUGCACCUUCUAACCUUCCUAAAACUCGCCCAUCCAGGCUGGGGCAUGCGUUUCAUGGUUCUUGGCGCACAAUGCGUUUUCUUUAGCGGAUUCAGUCUAGCAUACCUCAUAUCCCCAGCAAUCUGCCACCGCUUCGUCGGAUACCUCGAAGAAGAGGCCGUGAUAACCUACAGCAAGGCAAUCAAGGAUCUAGACGACGGGCACCUGCCGAAGUGGGAGAAUCUGCAAGCGCCGAAGAUGGCGAUCAAGUAUUGGCAGAUGCCGGAGGAACGGAGGUGUAUGCGGUCGCUUUUGCUUUAUGUGAGAGCGGAUGAGGCCAAACAUCGGGAUGUCAAUCAUACGCUCGGGAAUCUGGAUCAGACGGAUCCGAAUCCUUUUUCGGCGAAGUUUCGGAUGCCGGAGAUGCCGAGGGUCAAAAUUGAGGAGAGGGCGAGGAAGGAGGUCUGA